UUUGCGGGGGAUUGCGUGCUACGUUGGAGUUUGCUCGAGAGCACCAGCAUCUGGAGAUUCGAUUCAAAGAGGUAAGCUUUGGGCGGCGAUGUUUGCUCUCUCUGCUAGUUCGUGAAUCUUUCGAUCGGUUCUUGUUUGCGGUGUUCUGUUUGAGGGAGAGGGUGUUCUUGAUCCGAGCUUGAAAUGGCGACCGAGACGAAACCCGCGACGGAAGAGGCGAAGAUGGACCUGUUCGAAGACGACGACGAGUUCGAGGAGUUUGAGAUCAACGAAGAAUGGGAGGAUAAAGAAGAAGGGAAGGAAGUGACUCAGCAGUGGGAAGACGACUGGGAUGAUGAUGAUGUCAAUGAUGAUUUUUCGCUGCAGCUGAGGAGGGAGCUUGAAAACAAUGCUGAGAAGAACUGAGACAGAUUUGGAGAAAUAUGCUUGCUUUAUUAUGUUUCGCCUUCUAAACUUGAUAGACGAUUCCUGGCCUUUUCUUUCUUUUCCCCUUUUUGAGAACAUCAGCGAGCGAACUUACUUAGUUUGAAGAAAUGGAAUUGUGAACAGGAUUUGACUUCGAGCGUUGCUUCACUUGAAUAGACAAUUGUACUGGUAGAGAACUCAAUUCUCUUGUCUUCUGACGAGGAUUUGAGAAGCAAUCAAAAGCGCACGAGUUAAGAUCCUAUUCAGUGUGUCUAUAGCAAUAUAAUUUUUA